AUGAUGUUAACGGACCACCCUCCUGACGGCAACGCCAACGCACUGGUGGAACACCACUCGAACCCUACCCACACAAUGCCACCGGACAGACGGGAAAGGGAAAAGGAGAGGGAGAGGAAGAGAAACGUCAAACAAAAGCGAGAGGAAAAGAAUGAGAAGCACAAAUUGGGGACGAGAACGGAGAAGGAGGAAAUGGGGAGCACCACAAGAAGUCGAUAUAGGGAGGACGGAGUUGGUUAUCCCGACACAGUUGAUGGUAGAGAGUUGGUCAACACGCAUGCAUCUUGGGCCAAUGAAGGUGAUCCCGCCGACGAUGCUGCUGAAGGUAGCCGUGCCGAGAAGCCUCUCCUCGUGCAGAAAUUCCUCUUAAAGGGUGUCAUUGCAUUUGUUCCUCAAUCGCCUACCCAAAGGCCUCGUUUACCUAAUAUUCUCGAGAUGAAUCAGGCUUAUGCAAAUUCAUCAAAUAAUUUAGAAAGUCAUGUCCACAAAGAAAAUCAAUAUACUACUAAUCAUGCUUUCAUGAGUGACUACAAAACCACGACUAAGCACACCACUCCAAGUGCAAGAAUGUCUUCAAACGACAACCCUUCAACAAGAUCACCAAGAGCAAUAGCAGAAGCUGCAAGAAAUUUUAAUGUACCUACAAAAAAAAGCAUUCUAGGUGACCAUAGAAGUGGCAGUAGCUCUCGUAGUGAUAGUUUGGAGAGCAUUUGCAGUGCACAUAUUAAGCCUCAUACUGGAGAUGAUGUGAGGUGGGAUGCAAUUAACAUGGUUUCUAAGGGUAAUGGUCUUGAUCUCAGUCAUUUCAAGCUUCUAAAGCGUGUUGGAUAUGGUGAUAUUGGAAGUGUGUACCUUGUAGAACUUAAAGGAACCAAAGCAUUCUUUGCCAUGAAAGUAAUGGAUAAGGCAGCACUUGCUAGUAGAAACAAGCUUUUGAGGGCACAAACAGAAAGAGAGAUUCUUGGACUUCUUGAUCACCCUUUUCUGCCAACUUUAUAUUCUUAUUUUGAGACUGAUAAAUACUAUUGUCUGGUCAUGGAGUUUUGUAGCAGUGGUAGUUUGCAUUCUCUUCGAAUGAAACAACCUGACAAGCAUUUCACUGAAGAAGCUACACGGUUUUAUUGUUCAGAAAUUUUGUUAGCCUUGGAAUACUUGCACAUGUUAGGCAUUGUGUAUAGAGACUUAAAACCAGAAAAUGUUCUAGUUCGAGAUAAAGGUCACAUAAUGUUAUCAGAUUUUGACUUAUCUCUUCGGUGCUCUGUGAAUCCUACACUAGUGAAGUCCUCAUCUACACAUGAAAGUAGUAAUGGUCCUUCUGGAGGCAUUCUAAGUCAUGAUCAAACAAUACAUGGUUGCAUGCAGCACUCAAGUUUCUUUCCACGGAUUUUGCCUUCAAAAAAGAAUCGCAAGACAAAGUCUGAUUUUGGCCUUGUGGUUGGAGGAUGCCUCCCUGAACUAAUGGCUGAGCCUACAAAUGUGAGGUCAAUGUCCUUUGUAGGGACACAUGAGUAUCUUGCACCAGAGAUUAUUCGUGGUGAAGGACAUGGUAGUGCAGUGGAUUGGUGGACCUUUGGAAUCUUCUUGUAUGAGCUUUUGCAUGGGAUAACACCCUUUAAAGGUGCUGGAAACAAAGCUACCCUUUUCAAUGUUGUAGGACAGCCCUUAAGGUUUCCAGAAAAACCAGUUGUUAGCAAAGUUGCAAGAGACCUUAUAGAAGGGUUGUUGGUGAAAGAGCCUAAAAAAAGAUUUGCUUACAACAGAGGUGCCACAGAAAUAAAGCAACAUCCUUUCUUCCAUGGAGUGAAUUGGGCUCUUGUUAGAAGUGCUACACCUCCUAUUAUACCAGAAUCUUUUGAUUUUUCUAAGUACGAUAGAAAAACAGAUGUUCCACCAAUGGAUAAGAAGGUUACAGAUAUUAUUGCAAGUGAUAAAAGCAAUCAUACACAACCAGAUUCAUCUUAUGAAAAUUUUGAGUACUUUUAA